UAUCUAUACCCCUCUUGCCACAGCACAGUUCCUCACAAGGGAUACACAGCAACACACUCACACAGAAGUGAGAACACACAAAGAUAAAAGAUUUCUGAGAGAUGUUUAUAAUCCAUCAAAUUCCAAGACUCCAUUUUUUGCACAUACCUUCCGCCCUCACAACCCGCAAACCCAUAAAACUUUAUCUAAUCGCCUCUUCCAUCUUAUCCGGUCCAAACCCGGUAGCCAUACCCGUACCCAUAUCCGAAUCUGGACCCGCAUCCUUCUCUCACUUCUCAACAAGUAGCAGUCAAUCACCACCCGAAGAAAACAUACAAUUGUCUCUUGAAAAGCUGUUUGUGCCGCCUGAAACGGAGGUUUCACCGCCCGAAAAUGGGAUUUUGAGUGCAAGAAUAUUGAAGGGAUCGAAUAUUGUGCUGAGCAAGUAUGCUGGAGGUGGUGCGGAAGUGGUGAAUGCGGAGUUUGUGAAGAGUAGUGUGAAAACUGAGGAAUGCCCCUCUGAUGGGCUCCCGGAAUUCGCUCUUGUGGGACGUUCCAAUGUGGGGAAAUCGUCGCUGCUUAACUCCCUCGUCAGGCGCAAACGCCUGGCGCUCACCUCCAAGAAGCCUGGUAUAUACAUUUUGCACAUGAACUCCUAUUAGUACAUGUAUUAACAAGUCAUAUUCCAUUUUCCCAUUUUUAAUAUUUUUAAAUUUUUUUACACUCAAGGAUACUUUAUAGACGGCCGUCAACAAUUGUUUGACAUGACGUGCAAUGUCAUAUCAAAAGUUAUGAAAAUAUGUAUAUCACAUAUUUAGUUUACACGUGUAUGCAUCUAGCAUGAGAAUGCAUUGUGGUUUCAAUUGAUGUUAGUGCUAUAUGAGUGAAGAAUUGGUUGUUUAGGUAUCUUGUAGAAAUUGUUUAUGGUUAUUGGAUUGUUUCAGUGCUAGAGGAUGGGAUUUUUAUCGUCUCAGUUUCAAUGGAUUUGAGGUUGAAUUG